AUGGAGCUUUGCAACGAGAAGAACGGUCCAGUGGCUGUUGGUGCCGACCCAUUGAACUGGGGAAUGGCUGCUGAGUCUCUGAAAGGCAGCCACGUGGACGAGGUGAAGCGCAUGGUGGAGGAGUCCAGAUCCCCUGUCGUGCAGCUUGGCGGCCAGACCCUCACCGUUGCCCAAGUCGUGGCCAUUGCAUCCGGCGCCGGCGCCACCGCGGUGGAGCUGUCGGAGGAGGCCCGGCCGAGGGUGAAGGCCAGCAGCGAUUGGGUCAUGGAGAGUAUGAGCAAAGGGACGGACAGUUAUGGCGUCACCACUGGGUUCGGAGCCACGUCCCAUAGGAGGACCAAACAGGGUGGAGCACUUCAGAGCGAGCUCAUCAGGUUCUUGAAUGCUGGGAUCUUCGGCAAUGGCACAGAGUCUGCACACACGCUGCCUUACUCCGCGACCAGGGCUGCCAUGUUGGUCAGGAUCAACACCUUGCUGCAAGGUUACUCGGGGAUCAGGUUCGAGAUUUUGGAAGCCAUCUCCAAGCUGCUAAACAACAAUGUCACCCCAUGUUUGCCCCUCAGAGGCACCAUUACUGCCUCCGGUGACCUGGUCCCAUUGUCCUACAUUGCUGGACUGUUGACAGGCCGCCCUAACUCCAAGGCGGUGGGACCUAAUGGAGAGUCGCUUGACGCUGCUGGAGCGUUCAAGGUUGCAGGGAUCUCUGGUGGGUUCUUUGAAUUGCAGCCCAAGGAAGGUCUAGCCAUGGUGAAUGGUACAGCAGUCGGUUCUGGACUUGCCUCCAUGGUGCUUUUUGAUGCCAACAUUCUGGCUGUUCUCUCCGAAAUUAUGUCUGCGGUGUUUGCUGAGGUUAUGCAAGGGAAGCCAGAGUUUACAGAUCACUUGACACACAAGUUAAAGCAUCACCCUGGCCAGAUUGAAGCUGCAGCAAUCAUGGAACAUAUUCUGGAUGGAAGUGACUACAUUAAAGCUGCUAAGAUGUUGCACGAGAUUGACCCGUUGCAGAAGCCGAAACAAGAUAGGUAUGCACUUAGGACAUCACCUCAGUGGCUUGGCCCUCUGAUAGAAGUGAUUAGGAUGUCGACAAAAAUGAUCGAGAGAGAAAUCAACUCUGUGAAUGACAACCCAUUGAUCGAUGUAUCGAGGGGGAAGGCAAUCCACGGAGGCAAUUUCCAGGGCACCCCCAUUGGUGUCUCGAUGGACAACACCCGUCUAGCCAUUGGUUCCAUUGGUAAGCUCAUGUUUGCUCAAUUCUCUGAGCUUGUCAAUGACUUCUACAACAAUGGGUUGCCUUCAAACCUCACUGGUGGGCGAAACCCUAGCUUGGACUAUGGUUUCAAAGGUGCUGAAAUUGCCAUGGCAUCUUACUGCUCGGAGCUCCAGUUCCUCGCUAACCCGGUAACAAACCAUGUCCAGAGUGCUGAACAACAUAACCAAGAUGUGAACUCACUGGGGUUGAUAUCAGCAAGGAAGACAGCUGAAUCAGUUGAGAUACUGAAGCUCAUGUCCACCACUUACUUGGUUGCUUUAUGUCAAGCCGUUGACUUGAGGCAUAUCGAGGAGAACCUGAAACACACAGUGAAGAACACCGUGAGCCAGGUUGCCAAGAGAGUGCUAACCACUGGGGUGAAUGGAGAGCUCCACCCGUCCAGAUUCUGCGAGAAGGACCUGCUUAAAGUUGCAGACAGGGAGUAUGUAUUUGCCUAUGCUGAUGAUCCUUGCAGCGCAAACUACCCACUGCUGCAGAAGCUGAGGCAAGUGCUGGUCGAGCAUGCAUUGUCGAAUGGGGAGAUGGAGAAAGACUCCAACACUUCAAUCUUCCACAAGAUUGGACAGUUCGAGGAAGAGCUGAAAGCCAUCCUGCCUAAAGAAGUGGAGAGUGCAAGGGCUGAGCUGGAGAAUGGGAACCCAGCGAUCGCAAACAGAAUAAAGGAAUGCAGAUCGUACCCAUUGUACAAGUUUGUGAGGGAAGAAAUGGGUACUAGUCUGCUUACCGGCGAAAAGGUCCAAUCCCCAGGUGAGGUAUUCGACAAGGUCUUCUCAGCAAUGUGUGAAGGGAAGCUGAUUGACCCUAUGCUUGAGUGCCUUAAGGAAUGGAAUGGUGCUCCUCUCCCUAUCAGCUAA